AUGCCUAACAUAUUGUUUAAAUGGCGAUCUAGGGUUUACAAUUCUCGGCUAUUAGAACUUCCGGAGCACCAGCCGCCGAUACCUGCAAUUCCGACUGCAAUAAUGUCGCUGGUAGCAAACGAGGAGUUUCAACACAUUCUUCGUGUCCAGAACACAAACGUUGAUGGCAAGCAGAAGAUUAUGUUCGCUAUGACCUCAAUCAAAGGUAUUGGUCGUCGUUUUGCCAACAUCGUCUGCAAGAAGGCCGAUGUCGACAUGAACAAGAGGGCUGGAGAACUUUCAAAUGCUGAGAUUGAUAAUCUGAUGACAAUCGUGGCCAAUCCAAGGCAAUUCAAAAUCCCAGACUGGUUUUUGAAUAGGAAGAAGGAUUACAAGGAUGGGAAAUAUUCCCAGGUGACAUCCAAUGCUCUUGACAUGAAGUUGAGAGAUGACCUUGAGCGUUUGAAGAAGAUCAGAAACCACCGUGGUCUUCGUCAUUACUGGGGUUUGAGAGUGCGUGGACAGCACACCAAGACUACUGGGCGCAGGGGAAAGACUGUUGGUGUGUCAAAGAAGAGAUAAGUUAUGUUUUUGUUUUCAGCAGUUUUGGAUGUUCGGGGUUAUUAUAAGUUGGUAUGUCAUGGUGUUAUAAUUUUACUAUCUUGGAUAUGAUGUUUUUGUUAGUCUGUUUUUCAGAUCUCAUUUGAGAAAUUGUUGUUCCGGAUAUAUAGAUUAUUGAUGAAUUUUGGCUUUUCUCUGGAUUUACAUAUUACUCGUCAAGUUGCAUAUUCAUAUUAAAGCUCAUGGUAUUAUGUAUUCAUCUUAGCGUGACGAAACAAAGUCAUGAUUACAAAACUUGGUUAAAAGUUAUCUACGUAUUGGUUCUAACUGAAAAAUUCAAGUGUCAUCAAAACACUAGAUUACAC